AGGACAGACUAGGAAAUGGCCGUGUCAGGUUUAUCAAAUAUGUUUGUGUGCCAAACAUAUAAAUUAUACUACAUUAUAGUACUGUGUUAUCUGUAGUAUUAUAGGCCUGUUAAUAUUAUAUACUGUACAUUUGUGCUUAAAUGGGUAUUUUCAAGUCCGACAAUCUGAACUAGCAGGUGAUGGAUGUGCUAUCAGUCUUUGAUUUUCAGUCUUUGGAUCAGUCUUUGUUUUUAGGAGUACAUCUGAUGGUGAAUGCUUUAUGUAAUCUGACUGCUCUGAUGACCCGUCACAUCUGACACACCGACUGACAGAGUUAACACUCCAUACCCCCAGCCAUCUUACAUUCCCCUUACAUGACGAUCAGAGCCGGGGAAAUCUCUUUUGUCUUUUUUGGCUCCCUGGUUGUAAUCCCACAUCUCCAAAACAGUGGCAGGGAGACUCCAUGUUGUCAUCCCAUAGCUCAGGAGCUGCAGCACCAGGCUACAGUUAGCGGCGGGGGAACUGGAGUGAAGUGAAUUGAAUCGCCGGGAUUAAGAUUAAGACUCUGCUCUUUGAUGGGUUUUAGCAGGGUAAAUCUGGGUGGGAUUAUGAUGUCACUAGGUCCCUGCUGCUGUCAACGGAGAGAGAGAGAGAGAGAGAGAGAGAGAGAGAGAGAGAGAGAGAGCGACUGGGAGAGGGAAAUUGAAUUGUCAGGGGAGCGCCGCUGAUGGCCAGGAUUACGGCACGGUCGGCGUGGAGAUGGUGAAAUGCCAACAGCCGAUGCCACACCACUCUCACCAGCGAGGUCUGGCACCUGACACGGGGAGAAACAAGCACUUAAGGAGAGCAGGAUUACCAGCGCAGGGCCGGAACCCGGUAGAACUAAUAGCACCGCAGAGGGAGCAGAGAGGGCCAUGCCAUUUCCAUCACCUUACACAUUUCACCAGCUGUAGCUCCUCACUGUACUGUGCAUGUGCCUACGCCGGUGGUGGCACUCGAUGGGCUCACCAAACCCAAGAAGAUGAAGGUGAAGUGGACUCAAUUGGGUCUGGUCUUCUUCCUGCUCCUGUCUGUGGUGAUGACUGCUUGCUUCAUCUGGCAGUACCAGCUACCCAAGAUACUCAGUGAUGACGCUCUGGGGAAGAACGCCAACGCUGAGCGAAUGUGUCCACGCUUUCCUGAGCCCGCCACGCUCGAGCACCCCAUUCCUAUUUUGAAAGAGGCGCUGGAGAAGGUUGACGCACUGCUGCGUCAAAGCAUCAACCCCAUCAGCUUGCCUGCUAUGUCAGCCAUAAUCAUCUACAACGACACUGUGCUCUGGACAGGAAAUUUUGGCAAGAGGAAUGGCAGCGACCCUACCUCCACCCUACCAAAUGAGUACACAAUCUACAGAAUUGCCAGCUUGUCCAAGAUCUUCCCUACGCUGAUGCUGUACAAGCUGUGGGAGGAUGGUAAGGUUGGCUCCCUGGACGACCCUCUGGAGAAGUAUGUGGAGAACUUCACCAUCAAGAACCCUCUGGGCAGGGCGCCCAAUUCAGAGCUUAAGUAUGUGACAGACGGCCUGAUCUUCCUCGACAGCGGGGAGGUCCAGAUCCGCUCCUCCUCUGUCACGCUGCGUAGGAUGGCCAGUCAGCUCUCCGGUCUUCCAAGGCGUCUACGGGCCACUAACCUGUUGUGGAAGGGGAAAACCCAAUCUGCCAUCAAUUUACUGCAAGAUGAUGUCCUCGUGGCAGACCCUGGCACUAAGUGUCAUUACAGUAACCUGGCCUUCUCCUUACUGGCUCACAUCAUGGCAGAGAGGGUGUUGGGUCUAGACUACCAGCGAUGGAUCAACGACAACAUCCUGGACCGCCUGGGCAUGGAAGACACGGGAUUCGACAUCACACCCGCGAUCCAAACCCAGAUGGCCGUGGGAGUGUACAGCAACGGGCAAGCAGCGCCGCUCUAUGACCUGGGAUGGUACCGGCCCUCGGGCCAGAUGUUCUCCACAGCAGCCGACCUGGCCAAGAUGGCCAUGAUGCUGCUGGGCGCCUAUCACCGCAAGGUCCUGGAGCCCGACACGCUGAAGAUCAUGCUGACGCCGCUGUUCCGCUGUGAGAAGGACUACUUUGCCAACCGCACCGGCACGCCCUGGGAGGUCAACGAGGUGCUCGGCUACGAGAUGCUGCGCAAGGACGGCGACCUGGACGGCUACUCGGCCACCUUCUCGCUUGUGCCGCGACUCAAGAUGGGCAUGGUGGUUCUGAUGGCCGGCACCAGGCCCCAGAGCCAGGACGUGGUGGCCAAGGCCUACACCCACAUCAUCCCGGCCAUGGAGCGGGCUUUCCGGGAAGCCAAACGGGUGCUGGUUCCCCCGCCAGACCCUGGCCCGUAUGUGGGCUUCUUCACCUACGGAAACAUCACCUAUUAUGAGAUCAAAGCCGGCUCGGAUGGAGUUCUGAUCAUGCAACAGUUCGGACCCCAGAUUGCAGACCUGAUUCCGGAGCGGUACCGGACGAUUAAGCUGAACUACCUAGUGGACCGGGUGUUUCGGGUGGUCUUUGAGAAGGAGUACCCCUGCGUCCUGCGCGUCAGCACUGCCUCUGUGUCUCUGGAGGCGCAGGACGGACAGCUCUUUAACUUCUACGUCUUUGACAAGAGGGGGCUGUCUCCCGGUUUUGACGCCCCAGGCCUCAACACGUAUAACGUGGUCCGAAUAGCCCGCCGACCGACUUUCUCCAACUGAGCCCAACAUUCUUUUCAAAAAACUUUGGGGGUGGCCAUAUUGGACCCAUCAGCUUUUCCAUCUACCUUGCUAAAGCUUACUAAAUGGGUUAUAAGUUGUGUGUUGGGUGGCAAGCGAAAUGAGCUGGACUGACUCCUUCUAAGCAAACAUAUAUCCAUAUACCAUUCUGUGCAAAAUUAGUAGUGCAAGGGCUGCAAUAGAGCAACUCUGAGUGACACUUCAUUGACAGAACUGUUUUCUUGCUCUCUUUUGUUCUUUCCCUCAUUCUCUCGUUCUUCUUCUUCUUUAACUAUUUGUUUAUUUAUUUAUUUAAACUUUGCUGAGCUGUAUUUGAUAUCCUUUUUAUACACUUGGCUGACCAAACCUCAGGCCUGUUUAACAUGUAUAUUGUCAUGCCAUUCCUGUGUCAAUCCUUCUGGAUGUUUUUUUCUCUGUGUCUUGCAGUGUCAUGCACUACCAAACCAGAACAUAAAAAAAUCCCUUACCUGUUUUAUAUCAGGACGGAUCCUCUGUUAUUAGCAACAAACGCCAUAUUUCAUCUGGGCUUCCUGGAAGUAUGACUAAUAGAUGCUGUUUUGAAACGCAUCCAUCACCUAAAGUCAAACUGAACCCCUAAUAGAGACUCGCUCCUUGCUUUUGAUUGAUUUUUGUUGGUGUUGUUUCUGAUGUUGCUGUUAUUUUCAUGUCAUGAAACAAAAGAAACAUUCUUUUCUUUUUUAAAGAUUGAUAACAAUUAUGUUGGUUUUAUUUUUUUAUUCCGUGAAAACAGCUAUGGGUGAAACAUGUACAUUUAAUCUUCCAUUUUCUAAACUCUAGAAAAUUGG